CCCGUUUCUUUUAAAGAGAGAGAGAGAGAGAGAGAGAGAGAGAGAGCAGAUCCUACUUCGGACAAAGAAGAAAGAAAACUAGGGUUUUGAAAGGGCUCGAGUUUUUCUUUUUGAAAACUCGUCGAUUUCUAAAUUUUCAGAUCUUCAGUCGGGAAAUGAAAUUACCAUCUUUUCAUUACGCGGACUGGGUUUUGAUUGAGUUUCGUUUUCAAAAUUUUUGGUUAAGGGCGCGUUUGGUUGCACCAGAUAUCAUGAAACGCACCCCAAGACUUGGAUUUGACUGAAGGGGUGUAUGGUACAUGCAUUGAUUGGCGCACUGAAUGGUUGGCACGAUAUCAUAUUAUUAUUUACACAUAUAUAUUUUGAAAAAGGUGAAAUGGGUGAUGUAAAGGGUCCUAGAAAAACAGCAAAAGCAGAAUAGGGAAGGGGAAAGGGGAUUUAGAGGGGAGGGGGAUGUCGAUCAAACUGACAGUUGAUACUCCGCCCACGAUGGCCCAGGGCAUUAGUACGAGUCGAAUUUCCUUGAACUCCAGCAAUGGCAAUGGAAAUGGCACCCCUUUACAUGAUUCCGAUGUUAUCUCAAAUGAGGACGAGUAUGACAGUGAUGGUUCCAACUUUGCCACUCCUAUGCCAUCGACGUUGUCCAUAUCUGUACCACCAGAGCUGGCUGGUGCUAUACCUCUGCUUGAUAGAUUCCAGGUAGAGGGAUUUUUGAGAUCCAUGCAAAAGCAGAUCCAAUCUGCUGGAAGACGUGGGUUUUUUUCUAAACGAUCUGUCGGCCCUCAAGUUCGAGAGUUUACUUUGGAGGACAUGCUGUGUUUCCAAAAGGACCCUAUUCCAACUUCUUUGCUUAAGAUAAACAGUGACCUGGUAAGUCGUUCAAUCAAAUCAUUCCAGAUUAUCUUGAAGUAUAUGGGAGUCGAUUCGUUGGAUAGAGUGGUUCCUUUGAGCUUAGAAGAGAGGAUUGAGCUCGUUGGAAAAGUUUUUAAGCAAGCUUUGAAGCGCCCAGAACUACGGGAUGAACUUUUUGUGCAGAUUUCAAAGCAAACCCGCAAUAAUCCUGACAGGCAAUGGUUGAUAAAAGCUUGGGAAUUGAUGUAUUUGUGUGCAUCUUCCAUGCCCCCUAGUAAGGAUAUUGGGGGAUAUUUAUCAGAGUAUGUUCAUUGUGUAGCCCAUGGGGUGAAUGCUGAUCCUGAAAUCCAAACCCUUGCAUUGAAUACAUGGGAUGCUCUGAAGCAUUCUAUGAAGGCUGGACCUAGGCAAACAAUUCCUGCACAUGAGGAGAUUGAAGCUCUGUUGACUGGUAGAAAGCUUACGACCAUAGUGUUUUUCUUGGAUGAGACCUUUGAAGAAAUUACAUACAACAUGGCAACAACUGUUGCUGAUGCUGUCAAGGAACUUGCAGGGAUCAUCAAGCUUUCAGCACCAUCUAGUUUCAGUCUAUUUGAAAGCCGAAAAGUUGUCACUAGUACUAAGUCACCCGACCUUGGCAACGAGGAAUAUAUUGGAUUAGACGACAAUCAAUACAUUGGUGAUUUGUUGUCGGGAUUCAAGGCAACUAAAGAUCGAAGCAAAGGGGAGAUUUUGCACUGCAAAUUGUUAUUCAAAAGAUGGUUGUUUCGUGAGUCGGAUGAAGCUGUUGCGGACCCGAUGUUUCUACAGUUGUCUUAUGUGCAGUUGCAACGUGAUUAUAUUUUGGGGAACUAUCCUGUUGGGAGGGAUGAUGCUGUGCAGUUGUCUGCAUUGCAAAUUUUGGUCGAGAUUGGAUUUGUUGGGAGUCCAGAAACAUGCACUGAUUGGACAUCACUUCUUGAAAGAUACUUACCUAGACAAAUUGCAAUAAGACGAGUGAAACGGGACUGGGAGCUGGAUAUUCUUUCUCGUUACCAUGUGAUGGAACACCUCUCAAAGGACGAUGCAAGGCAACAUUUCCUUCGGAUCUUGAGAAAUCUUCCUUAUGGAAAUUCAAUUUUCUAUGGUGUUCGAAAAAUUGAUGAUCCCAUAGGGCUUCUGCCCGGUUGGAUCAUAUUAGGCAUCAACAAACGUGGGCUUCAUUUCUUCCGUCCAGUUCCAAAGGAAUACUUGCAUUCUGCUGAGCUAAGAGACAUUAUGCAAUUUGGUAGCAGCAGCACUGCCGUCUUUUUUAAGAUGAGGGUUGCAGGUGUCCUUCAUGUAUUCCAGUUUGAAACUAAGCAGGGGGAGGAAAUUUGUGUUGCUUUUCAAACACAUAUAAAUGAUGUAAUGCUGCGCAGAUACUCAAAGGCACGUGCUGCUGCUAAUGGUUCUAUUCUAGGAGAGACUCUUAAGCCUCCCGAUCUGGAUGUAUAUGAGAAACGCAUGAAGGAGUUGUCUAAAGCUCUUGAAGAAUCUCAAAGGAAAGCGGAUAUGUUACUGGAUGAAUUGCUUGAAAGGCAAAAGCAAGAACUAGAAAUGCAGGAAGAGUUGCAAGGGCUGAAGGAUUCCUUACAAUCUGAGAAGCAAAACUUACGAGAAGUUAUUUGUGACCGUGAUAAACAUAGAGUAUUAUGUGAGGAAAAAGAUUCUGCUUUGCAGGCUGCGUUGCUGGAUAAGAAUGUCAUGGAAACCAAGCUAGCAAAGCUGGGCAAUAAAGGCUGUUCUUCCUUAGAAAACAGUGCCAAAAGGCUGUAUUUACUUGGAUCUAGUAACCAUGAUGGAGAAUCUGCAUUGCACUCUGGGAGAUUAGAUAACUCUACUUCUGAUUUGCCGGCAUUAAAUAAACUUCAAGAGGAGCUGAAGGCACGCACAGAGGAGCUGCAUGCAACAGAAGAAACCAGUAAGGGACUGGCAAAUGAAAAACUAUUGUUGGAGCAGAGAAUUUCAAGGCUCGAGAAGAAGAAAACUGAAGAGUUGGGAGUUCUUGAAAGAAAUUUCGAAAAAGAAUGUAAAGAACUUAGGAUGCAAAUUACUGAACUGGAAAAAAAGCUGGAAGGGACUAAACAAGAAUUGGCUGUUGCUGAAUCAUCUCUUACAAUGAUGAAUACGGAGUUGGAUACACUGCAAAAUAGUUUAAAGGAAUUACAGGAACUUCGGGAAAUGAAGGAGGAUAUUGAUAGAAAGAAUGAACAAACUGCUGCAAUUUUAAAGAAGCAAGGUGCACAACUGGUCGAAUUAGAAGCACUGUACAAGGAAGAACAAAUCUUAAGGAAGCGAUAUUUCAAUACCAUUGAAGAUAUGAAGGGGAAGAUCAGAGUAUUUUGCCGCUUGCGACCCCUUAGUGGAAAGGAGAUUGCUGAUAAAGAGAGAAAUGCUCUUUCAAGUCUUGAUGAGUUUACAAUUGAACAUCCAUGGAAGGAUGAUAAGCCAAAGCAACACUUAUAUGAUCGUGUUUUUGAUGGUGCGGCUUCUCAAGAGGAUGUUUUUGAGGACACAAAAUAUCUAGUGCAGUCAGCUGUUGAUGGCUAUAAUGUUUGCAUAUUUGCAUACGGACAAACUGGUUCUGGAAAGACAUUCACGAUUUAUGGGUCUGAAAGUAACCCGGGACUCACCCCUAGAGCAACUGCAGAGCUUUUCAGGAUUGUGAGGCAUGACAGCAAUAAGUUCACUUUCUCUUUGAAGGCAUAUAUGGUGGAGAUAUAUCAAGAUACACUAGUAGAUCUUCUAUUACCAAAGAGUGCAAAGCGUUUGAAACUAGAAAUUAAAAAAGAUCUAAAGGGGAUGGUAGCUAUAGAGAACACGACAGUUGUAUCUAUUUCAAGCUAUGAGGAUUUGAGAGCUCUUAUUUUGAGAGGGACUGAGCAACGACACAUGUCUGGGACUCGAAUGAAUGAAGAGAGCUCAAGAUCACACUUGAUACUUUCAAUUGUUAUAGAAAGCACUAACCUUCAAACACAAUCUCUUUCCAGAGGAAAGCUUAGUUUUGUGGAUCUUGCUGGUUCUGAAAGGGUGAAGAAAUCGGGCUCUUGUGGACAUCAAUUGAAAGAAGCACAAAGCAUCAACAAAUCUCUUUCAGCCCUCGGGGAUGUGAUCAGUGCUUUAUCAUCAGAUGGACAGCAUAUACCUUACAGGAAUCACAAGUUGACUAUGCUAAUGAGUGAUUCCCUUGGUGGCAAUGCUAAAACACUUAUGUUUGUCAAUGUCUCUCCUGCUGAGUCGAACUUGGAUGAGACCCACAAUUCUCUAAUGUAUGCAUCGAGAGUGCGUUCAAUCGUGAAUGAUCCGAGCAAGAACGUAUCCUCAAAGGAAGUCGCCCGUUUAAAGAAGAUGGUGGCUUACUGGAAGGAACAGGCGGGAAAGAGGGGGGACGAUGAAGAACUGGAAGAGAUCCAAGAAGAACCCCCGAUGAGAGAGAGGACCAGCAGCCCCUAUUCCAUGUAACUAUCGUUUGGAGGAAUGAGGGUGGUCUAUCAGGUGGCAUAUUUAGAAUGUGUGGCAUCACUCAGGUUUCUUCUCUACAGAUGCUAGUCUUGCCUUGUUCAUUUGGGACUGUUGGUUUGAAAAUAUUCACAUUGGUAUACAGAGGAGGUACCAUGCAUUGCCUUUUAUACAUAGGAGGUUUCUUUAGUUUGUCAAUACAUACACAGUGGUUGUAACAUGUAAAGUGAACUUUGUUAAUUUAUAAAGGGCAAUCUUUCUGUCUU